AUGGCCGUUUCUCGAAAUGGCAGGACAACUGCAUCGCACGUCAACAUGAUGACGGAUACAAUAAUAGCCAACCUUCCUCCCGAUGGCCUGCGUGUUGUGCUACGGAGCAUUCUCGCCUCUCACCCCGAAGCCACGAGCACCUUGGAGCGAGAGACUAAAAAGUUUGCAGAACAAAGCGCGGCUGCACAAUUGAAGCCGAAUCGCCCACUGACCGAUCUCAAAAGCCUCCGGGCCGUCCAGGGACUUGUUCGCUGCAUGCUGGGGUCAGGGCUUUGCUUCCAAAGUCUUCCUCUGUUAAGCAAGAUUGUUUCUCACGCAACAGAAGGACAGCGGCAGCCACCAGAUGCCGAUGAGGAUGAGAUUCUAGACUUUUACGCCUUGGUUGACCAUGAUAUCGUUCAGGCAAUGACUGCUGUGCAGAAAAGCUUGUGUAUUGCAACAGGCACUCGGGCCUUGGCCGAUGACGAAAGAGCGUUCCUACAAUGUUUCGAACAAGGCCUGAUGGAGUGCUCAAAUGCCGCGAAGAAAAGGGGAACAAGUCAUCCCUUUUUCCGAGGCGCGCGUGCAACUUCAGGGCUGCUUGGUGGUCCUGAAUUACCUGGCGCUGAAUCUCAGGAGAUACUUCUAAACUGCAUGGACCUAGUUCAAGCACCCCCUAGAGCCAAAGAGACUUUUCUUCUGGGCCGUCGGACGAUUCCUAGAAUUUUCUCGGGCCUCUGGCAAAUGUCAAGUCCUGCCUGGGGAACUGCUCCGACAUCAAAGAUUGUGGAUCAGAUAUCCAGGCACGUGCAGAGUGGGUUUACUGCCUUUGAUAUGGCAGACCAUUAUGGCGACGCCGAAGUCAUAUUCGGUCACUUCUGGUCCGCCUGGCCACAUAAAGAUGCUAUUUUCACAGCCACCAAGUAUUGCGUCUUCCAUGCCAUGACAUCUGUGACACGCGAAGACAUUCAAGCUGCGGUUGCGGAGAGGUGCAAGAGACUACAGCAGAACUCGGUAGACCUUCUCCAGUUCCACUGGCAAUAUUACCAAAAUCCACAGUAUCUCGAUGCCUUGCGGUUCCUAGCAGAGGACGACCGCGUCAGGAUGAUCGGGCUUUGCAACUUCGACACGAAGCAUCUCCAGACCGUUGUAAACCACGGUAUUGAGGUGGUCGCUAACCAGGUUCAGUUCUCACUUAUUGAUUCUCGACCAACGGUGGAAAUGGGAGCGGUGUGCUUGGAGCAUAACAUAAAACUACUGACCUAUGGCACACUAUGUGGAGGUUUUCUCGCUGAGAAGUGGCUGGACAAGCCAGAACCCGACCUUUACAACCCCCUCAUUACUCCUAGUCAACGAAAGUCUCACGCCAAGUAUUACGGCGCGAUCCGGACCUGGGGCGGCUGGGAACUCUUCCAGGACCUGCUGAAAACACUCAAGAGUAUUGCAGUCAAGCACAAUGUCGGGAUUUCGAAUGUGGCAACACGAUGGGUCUUGGACUUUCCAUAUGUUGGGGCUGUCAUUGUCGGUGCGCGCAUGGGCAUCAGCGAGCAUACUGAUUCUAACCUGGCAAGUUUCGGAUGGUCGCUUGAUCAAGAAGACCAGAACGAAAUUGAGAAAGUGUUAUCACAGAGCAAAAGGAUGGAGAUGUUUGAGGCUAUGGGAGAUUGUGGAGGGGAAUAUCGCAACUAG